AUACAAACACCUAGACAUCCCUGUGUUUACUUUGUCGAUGCCGAAAAAUAUAUAUUUUUGCAGCAAGUCAGCGGUCACUUCAGACGGGUUGCUGCGGAAGAAUUUGUCUCAAUUCUUGGAGAGGCCUAAUUGAGAACAAAAAAGUGAUUGAGAGUCCGUUUCAGCCAUGGGUCGAAGGUCGAUUAACACCACGAAAAGUGGGAAGUACAUGAAUCCCACUGAUCAAGCUAGGAAAGAGGCAAGGAAAAAAGAGCUAAAGAAAAACAAGAAGCAGAGACAAGCGGUUCGGACGGCUGUGUUGAAAGGCAAAGACCCUUCGCAGAUCAUCUUCGAGUUGGAGAAGAUUGAUAAUAUGGAGUACAAUGUUUACCAGCCAUCGCCUUUGAACGAAAAAGUCUUAAAGGACAAGAGGAAAAAACUGAAGGAGACAUUCAACCGAGUCAUGAAACUUUAUAAUAAGGAGGAUCCUGAUAAGUGGAUGGAAAUGAGGAAGCUGGAAAUGGAAUAUGAUAAAAGAAGGGCGAUGCUGAUUCAGUUCUACGAAAGUGUCAAAUACGCCCAGAACGUUUCCGUGAACGAAAUCCCGUUGCCCAGCAUCAACAUCCCAGACAGUCUGACCUCGAGCAUCCCCCUGCCUACGGACUUGCCCUCCACAGUUGUCCACGGAAUAUUGAAGAAGUCGUCAGCCUAUGGCAUCAUGGAUGGCCAGUGCCCUGGAGUUCCUCCAGGACCUCCACCAGACUUAAGCAUUGACGAUGAGGAAGGUCUUGAUGAGGAAACUAACGAAAAUGGCAUUGAAGACCGGCCUCGAACGAUUCGGUUUGCCGAGGACAAAUCAGAAGAGGACCUGAUGCCACCAGCAACCGAGGACGUGGAGUUGCCUAACAAUGGCAAGGCUCAGCCAACCGCUCUCCAACAAAAAAUGCUGCUAAUGGCUGGUCAAGAUAUUGACGAGUUCAUGAAAGAGAUGGAGGAAGUGCACAGGAAAAGAGAGCAAGACAGGCAGGCAGAUAUGAACAGCAGAAUAUCCAGGCUAGAGGCUGAGGAUAAGGUUGUAGACGACACCCAGAAAGCUGCCCCUGGAAUUGCGCCACCUCCGCCCCUGAUGUACCGACCCAUGAUGCGGCCAAUGAUGCAUCCACCACCCGGUGUACGACUGCCGCCGGGACACCCGCAGUCGCGGCCAGCCAUGCCUCCGCCACCCCCUGGCAUGCGAAUGGGCAUGCGGAUGCCGCCCGGUAUGCCUCCAGGCAUGCCGGGCAGAAUGAUGGGCAACAUCCCACGACCUCCCGGCAUCCCGCCUCCUCUGGGAAUGGUGCCGCCACCUCCGGGCGCGGGAAACCCCAACGUGUUGUCCGCAGCUCCGCAACUCAUUUCCAGGCAGCAGACGGUGGAGUCAACCUCAAAGAAACAAGGCGCCACAAUCGAGGCUAAACCGCAAAUCAGGAACCUGAGUGCCGACAUUACCAGGUUCAUGCCCAUGUCGGUCAGGGCCAGAAAAGAUGAGAAACCGAGCAAGAGGAGCGAUGCAAGAGCUGAGGCCAACAGCUUUGCCAGGGCGCAACAACAGGCUGCCGCUGCAGCCAGCCACGCUCAAGCAAACACCCAGAACAAGGACGACGCCUACAUGCAGUUCAUGAAUGAAAUGUCCUCGUUGCUCUAGCUGAAUCUUUGCUAAAAAAAUCUUUGUAGCGUUUGUGUAUAUAUUUAAGCCGUAUAACACGAUGGUGAAAAUAAAUCCCUAAAAGAUCAAGUGAUA